AUUUAAAAAUGGGAAAACACGAAAAAGGAAGUUCAAAAGACUUGGCAAAUCGAACAAAAUCGAAAGGAUUACAAAAAUUGAAAUUCUUCUGCCAAAUGUGCCAAAAGCAGUGUCGAGACGCGAACGGCUUCAAAUGCCACUUAACUUCCGAAGCACAUCAACGGCAACUUUUGCUCUUUGCCGAGAACUCGAAUUCCUAUCUCCGACAGUUUUCCAAUGAUUUUGAGAAGAAUUUCAUGCAGUUGCUGCGAACUUCGUACGGAACGAAGCGAGUUCGUGCCAAUGAGGUGUAUAAUGCGUUUAUUAAAGAUAAGGGUCACGUGCACAUGAACUCUACAGUAUGGCACUCGUUGACAGGCUUCGUCCAGUAUCUCGGAUCAUCUGGAAAAUGUAAAAUCGACGAAGGUGAUAAAGGAUGGUAUAUUGCAUAUAUCGAUCAAGAAGCCUUAAUCCGAAAAGAAGAAGAUCAACGAAAACAGCAACAGGAGAAGGAUGACGAAGAGCGUCAUAUGCAGAUUAUGGACGGGAUGGUCCAACGAGGAAAAGAGCUCGCCGGGGAUGAUGAGCACGAAUAUGAAGCCACAGAGCUCAUCAGGGAUACUCCGGAUCAGAAAAUUCAGCUGGAUUUAAAUUUGGGGAUUCUAGAUCGGAAAUUGGACGUUAAAAGUGGUGUGGCGUCGGCGAAAAUCUCGAUUUUCGAUAUGCCAAAAGUCAAAAAAGAGGAUCCGGAUGAGCCGGGACCAUCACAACCAUCACGCAAAAGUGGUAAAAAGAGAUCCCGGAGCCGGAGCCCGGCCGCCAAAAAAUUCUCGAAAAAGUCAGCGCUAGAUGAGAUUAAGGAGAUGGAGGAGAGGAAAAAGGAGCGGAAGAAUCGGAAGGAUUAUUGGAUGAGAGAGGGGAUUGUUGUUAAGGUUAUCACAAAAUCACUUGGCUCCGAGUACUACAAAGCGAAGGGAGUCGUCAGAAAGGUGGUGGAUGACUAUACGGCUCAGGUGAAGCUUGAUGAUGGUACUGUAGUGAAAUUGGAUCAGGAACACGUGGAAACAGUAAUCCCAUCGCUUGGCCGGCAGAUGAUGAUUGUUAAUGGAGCUUAUAGGGGUCAAGAAGCGACCCUCGAAUCGAUCGACGAGAAGCGCUUCAGUCUUCGGCUCAAAAUCGCGUCGGGACCCACAAGAGGACGACAAAUCGAUGUACCAUAUGAGGAUGCCAGCAAAUUGGCCUAAAUUUGUGUAUUGAAAGUAAUAAAAAAUUCGAUU